CACGUUUGCUGCUGAGGGGCAGUGAGGAGCGCUUUGGAUAAAAGCCGCGAAAAUGAGCAUUUUGUCUGGGACAGAAGGUGGCAGAUAUGAUUCCUACAUUGCCUGAGAAAAUGCUCGAUCCAAAUGUGUGUAUCAAAAAGCCCUUUGAUUUUGGGUAUCCUGUAUUGUGUGGCUCUUUGGGAUGGAAGCAAGGUGAUGAAGAAGGAAAAUGGGCUCAGAAAGCUAUCGAGACUUUGAUCAAAAAAUUGAAAAAACGCAAGGGUGUUUUGGAAAGACUUCAGCAUGCUUUAUUACAUCCAAAUGAGCCCAGUGAGUGUGUGACUAUUCCUCGGUCUCUUGAUGGACGGAUACAAGUUUCUCACCGAAAAGGGUUUCCGCAUGUCAUCUAUUGUAGGGUUUGGCGAUGGCCUGAUCUACAGAGUCACCAUGAAUUAAGACCUGUGGAAAACUGCAAACUUCCGUUUAGUUCCAAGGAGACUGAGGUGUGCAUUAACCCAUACCACUACACUCGAGUUGACUACCCUGUAUUACCUCCCGUCUUGGUACCGCGCCAUAAUGAAUAUCCAACAAUUGAUUCUAUCAAAAAAGAACCUACGACAGGUGACCAACCAUGUGACUCUCAGUGUUAUUCAGAAUUUCAUGCUGUGAAUUAUCAAGAACCAAAAUAUUGGUGCAGUAUUGCAUAUUAUGAGUUAAAUUCACGCAUUGGUGAAGCUUAUUUUGCCAGCAUACCGAGUAUCAUUGUUGAUGGAUUCACUAAUCCUGGUCGAGAUAGUGGUCGAUUCUCUUUAGGCUUUCUAUCGAAUAUAAACCGGAGUUUAGCUGUUGAAAAUGCCCGGAAACAAAUUGGAAAAGUGGGCUCCGGUUUCGGAUUCUUUCAAACAACUUCAGCUUUAUUACUGUCAUCUGUUCGACGUAAUUGGGUUGUAACUCAUUGUUCAAUGUUCAGUCAUGUUACUUACCUACGUGGGAGAAAAUGGGUACUAAGAGUGUCUUAACCUUAUGAUUCUUACAUCUGACUUCUUCGGGGCUGAUUCUCGACUAACUUUCUCCACAAAACCAUUGAUUCACAUGGACGUGAAGGGCGUUCAUUUGUUUACAUUUGGUGGUGAUGUAUACGCUGAAUGCUUAUCAGAUUGUAGCAUUUUUAUUCAAUCACGUGAAUGCAACGAACGUCAUCAUUUUCAUCCAACAACUGUGAUUAAAAUACCUCCUGGUAGUUGUUUACGUAUAUUUUCUAAUCGUCAAUUCGCUCAUAUACUUAGUUAUACUAUUCAACGUGGUGUUGAAGCCACCUAUGAUCUUGUACGUAUGUGUACUAUACGUAUGAGUUUUGUUAAAGGUUGGGGUGCUGAAUAUCAUCGACAGGAUAUCACAUCAACACCAUGUUGGAUUGAAAUACACUUACGUGGACCAUUUCUAUGGCUUGAUCGUGUUCUACGUCAAAUGGGUCCAAGUCGAAGUCCUAUUUCAUCAGUUUCAUAAUUGAUAUAUGCACAACAAUAUUGUUAUCUUCUUCAACGGAUUUAUUUCAUCAUUUGGUUCAUACACACAUUUCCCUUUUUUUCUUUUUUGCUCUCUCCUGUUCUAUAUGUUAUAUAUAUCUCUCUUACUUGCAUAAAUGUUGUGAUCUCAUUCAUUAAGUUUGAUUGUAUUCAUCAGAAUUAUUAACUCACUCAUCAUCAUUCUGUGAUUAUUUUAUCCUACAGUGUGAUUUAAUUCACUUGUAUUGUCACUUAUACCCUUGAUUAUUUCGUUUGUUUUUGCUUUAUAUAUUUACUACUAUUAUUAUGAUUAUUAUUGCUAUUUAUUUGAGCAAUGAAAUCUUUGUUGAGUAUGUACACACACGAACACGCACACACACACACACAUGUUUUCACGCACCCCCUCCCCACCACCAUCACUCUUCCCUUCCUGUCACACUUGUUUUGUUUUUUCUCUGGUCUUAUCAUAUAUGCAUUAAAAAAAAGAGACACAAAGAGGUGUGCCCUAUACUUACCAAUGAUUAUCUUUCGUUGUUGACCUUUUCGAGGCAAUCUGUGCAUUGGUUUCCUCAUCUCUCUUCAUCUAUCUAACUUAGUCAGUAAGUGCACUAUCAUGUUUAUAGAUACACAUACUUAUAUUCCAGAAUUUCAACACAUCUUAUCUAAAACAUUGAAGAAGAAAAAAUUAAUAGAAUAGCGCCGUUCAACACACACACACACACUCUCUCUCUAAUCAGUCUUUUAUUCUCUACUAUUGUUGGCCUGUUUGUUUUUAUCUUCGUUGUGUAGUUUUUGUGCUUGUUUGUGUUGGAUUUGCUUGCACAACAGAAUAUUAUUAUUAUUACUACUACUACUAUCAUUAUUAAUAAUAAUGAUAAAUUAUAUUGUGUACAUUGUUUAUUAUUGCAAUUGUUAACAUUUGAAAAAGGCAUGUGUAUUAAUUUCAGUGCAAUGAUAAUUUAGAAAAAAAAAUCAAAUUGAUAGUUGCAUUC